AUGGCGACAGCAGCGGUUGACGUGAACCAGGGAAUCACGGGCCAGCGAACGGCUACCAUCCGAAACUAUACCACUAAUCCUCGACUUACCUACAAAACGGUAACUGGUGUCAACGGUCCGUUGGUAAUUUUGGGUGAUGUGAAAUUUCCUCAGUAUGCAGAAAUUGUGCAACUAACGCUUCCCGAUGGUACAAAACGAUCUGGACAAGUGCUUGAAAUCACGCGUAAUAAGGCUGUUGUACAGGUUUUCGAGGGGACUGCUGGAAUUGAUGCAAAAAAUACAUCAUGCGAAUUUACUGGCGAUAUCCUACGAACCCCUGUCUCCGAAGAUAUGCUUGGCCGUAUAUUUAAUGGUUCUGGUAAACCAAUUGAUAAGGGUCCACCGGUUUUGGCGGAAGAUUUCCUGGAUAUCAAUGGUCAACCAAUAAAUCCACGAUCACGAAUUUAUCCCGAAGAAAUGAUUCAGACGGGAAUUUCGGCAAUUGAUGUUAUGAAUUCAAUUGCUCGUGGCCAAAAAAUUCCAAUAUUUUCGGCUGCUGGUCUUCCACACAAUGAAACGGGAAUUUCGGCAAUUGAUGUUAUGAACUCGAUUGCUCGCGGUCAAAAAAUUCCAAUAUUUUCGGCUGCUGGUCUCCCACACAAUGAAACUGCUCGAUUUUUCAAGCAAGAUUUCGAGGAGAACGGUUCCAUGGAAAGUGUUUGCUUGUUCCUGAAUCUUGCCAACGAUCCCACCAUUGAACGUAUCAUUACACCACGUCUUGCACUAACCGCAGCCGAAUUUCUGGCUUACCAAUGUGAGAAGCACGUGCUGGUCGUCCUCACUGAUAUGUCUUCGUAUGCGGAAGCUCUUCGAGAGGUAUCAGCAGCACGUGAAGAGGUGCCUGGUCGACGUGGUUUCCCCGGUUACAUGUACACCGAUUUAGCCACAAUAUAUGAGCGUGCUGGACGUGUGGAAGGACGCAAUGGAUCGAUAACUCAGAUACCUAUAUUAUCAAUGCCAAACGAUGGGCAAUAUCGAUUUUUACUUCAUAAAAUUUACAAGAAUUAUUUUGGUGAAAAUCUGUAG